AUGGGCUGUAUCGAUCGUCUACCUUCAUCAUUCGGAAACAUUCUCGGGAAAUAUAUCAGUGUUCUUCUGCCGCUAAAGUUCCCCGCACGGACAUCCUCGAGGGUCCGUGAAGACGCCUUAAUCUUGACAAGGCAAGAGGAGAAGUGUUUCGAGUUGGAUACAUUUGAUGGGGAUGAUGGUGAUGUGAUGGUGAUGGUAGCACAGCACCUUUUCCUUUUCCUUUGGACCUCGUUCAACGAUGAGAUGGAUGGGUGGUUGAACUCUGGGACAUUUGACCAAAGCGGUCAUCUAGAACCUUUUAUCAGCACCCGAUGUCAUCCCCUUAUCUUCUGA